AUGCUGGUGCGCCGCCACCUAAGGUCGCUGGUACGACGCGCCAGCUCCACGACCCCGCAAAAGCAGCUCCAACUCCAGAACAACCGCCUGCGCCUGAAGCGCGAGCGGCCCGCGAGCUACGCCGAUGCUUGUGCCAGCCUCGAGGAACAACGGUCAAGACCUUUAGACGAGGCGACGUAUUCUGUCUUAAUUAGGAACGCCGUCGAGGCCGGCGACGUUGCAGGCGGGCAGGAGAUCCUGGAACGGAUGACGCGGAAUAAUGUCAGGAGAAAGCGACGGGCCUACGCGCCCCUCCUCGCGGCACUGAGCCACAACCAACAAAAAGAUGAGGUCGAGGCGCUCUGGGCGAAGAUGGUCAGAGAUGGCGUGAAGCCCGACCAGAUGGAUUUAGCAAGGUUGUUCGCAGCGGCGCCCUCCCAUGAUAUUCUACAAAGGAUGGCCGACGACGCGGCGCGUUGUGGAGCUUUUGAAAUCAAAAUGGAGACAGCUAAAGCGCUGGAGUCCGGGCCCUGGCGCGCGCGCUAUGAACGCGUCGAUACUGAUGAAGGUGUCACGUCGCACGGGCAGUUGCGAAGACUGGCGCUCGAUUCCGAUGAUAAAGCAGCGUUGCGGAAAGCUUUAUUAGAUAGAGCCGAGGCCGGAGCGAGACCGGACGGCGUCAGAUUACUCAAAGAGUUCGGGGAGCGCUGGGAUGAGCAUGUACAUGAGGAUAGUGAGAAAAGACGGCGGGAGGGCCGGAAACCGGCCGUGCGCGUCUGUGUCGAUGGCGCGAACGUGGCCUGGUACGGCCAGAACCACAGUCGAGGCGGUUUUUCUCAUGCGCAACUGGAUCACGCGAUGUCUCGAUUAUCACAACUCUUUGACGACGAAGCCUACGAGCCUACUUUGUUCCUCCCUAGGAAACAUGUGAAGCGCCUGCACGGCCACCGCAGGAAACUUGUUGAGUCAUGGAGUUCAUUCCUGAUAGACGUCCCGCGCGGAGUCGACGACGACUGGUUCUGGAUGCGAGCCACGUUAUCAGAUGAGUCGGAGCACGCCUUCGCCGUGACGAACGAUGCGGCGCGGGACCAUCAUCUGGCGCACGUGGCGCCGCGAGCUUUUAGACGGUGGCUCCGGCGGCACGUUUUGCGGUUCGAGUUUGCGCGCGAUGGCGACGAUGCCGAGGUAUUGCUGAGGACGAAAGGCGGCCAACGGAGUGCUGGUCAGCAUUUUGUGCUGGGCGAGCCGCCGGCCUUUAGCACGGAGUGCCAGCGAGUGGGCGACGCGUGGCUCCUUCCUCUCCAGACAAAACAUUCCAAGGACUGGAAUCGAAGGUCGCGGACCUGGUUGUCGUUGCAUCCUUAA